AUGAAAGACAUUGAGGAUUUUAUUUUCACCAACAAGCAGUGUAUUGCUGUUUGUUUGGCCAAGGUCAGUUGGUUUCACUACGAAAACUUUUAGAAAUUUCUACAAGAAACUUUCUUGAAACGAGGUACGGUAACAUAUGGAUUUUGUAAAAUAAGAAAGCUCAUCUGAACACAUUCUAAAAAUUAUUUCCUUCUUUGUGAUUUUUUCUCGUCUAGAAUCAAAUUUUCCUUGUUUUAAAACGACGGGAUGUGGCACUUACAAUGUGGGCGAAGCGGUCGCGAUGCGUUUUCAGCGCCAAUUCGAAAUUAUCGCCUAAGUUGAUUCUUUUGAUUAUAGGGAUUUAUAUACAUUUAUUUGUUUUUUUGAAACCGGAGCAAUUCAUUUUGAAAUUUUACUCAUGCCAAUUAGUUUUUUUCAUCAACAGAAAAAAGAUCCGAAAUUGUUUUGAGUUUGAACUCGCGACCGCUUUGCACGUUUCAGGUGCCCUUCCAGACCGUGAAAAAUGAAUUAUUCAUAAGAAAUUCUCUUUUUUUAACAAAAUCACCGCCAAGCUUUUGAAUGGUUACCAUACCGUAUCAGGCGGAGAAGACGACUUUGUCGCAAGUUCGUUCUCUUCUUUGCGUCAACGACGACGGCCAAAAGUUCGAGGAACAGACCCUGAGCCACAAUGUUCGCGCGUCGCUCAUCGCCGUCGGCAAUUUCCUGCUUCAUUCGCACGGAAAGGUGACGUCAUUCGUCGCGAAUCCCCUUGGAGAGCCUAUUUGCAGUUUGCCGAUGAACUCGUUCCUCUGCUCGUCCGAGCCUUGGGCUCCUUGCCUCACAUGAAGUGGGUCGACGACGGCCUCGUCAACAAGAAUGACAGUACGGCUUCGGUUUAUCACGAAAUAAAAAAACAGAAAAAAAUAUUCCUGCUAAGAUUUUUUUGAAGCUUCUAAUUUUUUUAAAAGUGGUGUGGUUCACAUUGAACAAUAGCAUGGCAAGGGAUAAAAAGAAAAAGUUUAAAAAAAACAUAUUCUUUCCAUGUAUAUUUUCUGCGCUCUGACGACGAUGUUUUUCAGACGUCAGUUUUAUAUUCCCAAUCCAGUAGUUAUGGAAAAGUUCUGAAAUAAUUUAGAAAUAAGGAAAUUUUACUUCUUGGAGCCCAUAAAGCAAUUUCUCACACGACGAUUUUUUCUCAUCUUAUUUCACAUAGAUUCAAGUUUUAUUUUAUAGAAGUCCCCAUUCAAGAACAGUUCUCCUUCUGUUUCAACACUGUCCUCAGUGAUCUCGCGGCGCGACUCCCCAAGUUCCGAGAAGCUAUUGUCAGCGCUCAGGUUAGCAUUAUGCCUGAAAAUAAAGACUCGAAUUUCAAAAAACUUGAAGGCCGACGCAUUGGCUUGCGUCGUCAGCAGCGUUGAGGAUAUCGUGAAAGACACCGACGAUUUGCAUCAAAAUGGAGGUUUUCUGCUACUUCUUCCCGAAAUCGAAAACUCAUUGUUCAGCCCAUUCGAUGAAAUUGGUCUGUUAUGCGCUGGGGCUGGUCCGUUCGGUUGGCCGUUUUUCCGCCGACUACAGUAACCCACUCAUCAGCUAUAUUUUCCCCUUGCCGGUCGAUGAGCCGCACAAAGAUUAUCCAGGAAGGAUCAGCCGGUGCAUAAAUAUUGGAAUCGGUUGAAGAAAAAUUAAACCUACAAAUAUUUGUGAAAUGAAAGGCUUUUUGAAAGGGGAGAAAGGAUAGAGAGUUGUUGUUGAGGUUUUUUAAAAAUUGAAACUAAAAAAGCAUAGUAACUUCCAAACCUUUCAUUAUUCCCGGACCAAUUUGCUAAUUUUUUAAACAAUUUCAUUAAUUAUGCCGAUAAAAUAGCGGUUAAUGAAUAUUUCUCAGAAGGCUUCAAAUGCAACAGCAACGGCUCAGUACGGACGACGUCCUGACGGGUACCGCCUCUGAUUUAUCAGAGGAGAAGCCUUUCGACGCCUCUCGGUCUGAAGCUGAAACCGCAAUCUGCAGCGAAGCUCUCAUUCAGAUUCGCCAAGAUGUACAACAAACAUGGCGCCAGUUUCGCGGUGAACAUUUAUCCCGGAGGCCUGCAAUUGCCGAUGACCAGCCAUGAUCUUGAGAAGCUUUUUGACACUGUUCGUCGGAAUAUUCGAAACUCUUCUCAUAUCUGAAGUUUCUGUAGGUCCAAAGAAUCCUCAACAAAGAGCUGCUCACAACCCUUGACAACACUGCUACGGACGUGUUCAAUGUGAAAAAUGAAUCGAAAAUUGAUGGAAAUCUUGUUUUCAGGCCUGUUGUGUGAAAAGAUUCCCUUACAAGACCGUUUCGGAACUCUUCACUCUGAGUUGCUUGUGUCUACUGCGCGACGUCCUUGUCCCAUACAACGUCGUGGAAAGGGAAGCUUCCUCGCCGGUGACCGAGGCUUUUGCCAAGGAAGUGCGAGUUGUGAUGUUUCUACCGUACCUCGAGUCUUCUCAUAGGUCAACGCCUUCUCAAUCGGCAAGCUUUUGACGCUGGAGACGUUGCGUCUGAACGCAGACGAGGACAGAGAUCGAGCCGGUCGUUCGAUGACCCGAGAUGACACUUUGCUGGCAGUUUCUCGUGUUCGGCUCAAUGUUAGUACCCAUCUUUUCAAUAGAAUAUUUAUUGGAAUAAUUUUCGAAACUUGAACUUUUAGAUCUUUAUUUCAAGGAAAAAGUGACAAUUCAGAAGGUAAACGUUUUUUUUUUUCAAACAGUUUUUUUCAAGACAAGUUUCCGUUUUUUUUUUUAGUUUCAAGAAAUCUUAAAUUAGACUUCUAGGAACUUUGUAUAUAAUUUUCUUGGCGAGAUUCAGACUUUAUACUGACUAUACCUUCCUUGACAGAGAUCGAAACUUUUUUCUAACUUCCUGUCUCUUUCCAGGUUCUCGCAGCAACAGUAUCUCUGCAGCUGAUUGUCUGGGCGGCAGUUGAUGACAUUGGUGGGAAUUUCAACCUUUUUUUCUCGAAUAAAUCACACAGUUUCUUCAAAUGUUUUGUUGAAUUAUGAAUUGAAGAUUCGGACAACGUUUGCCAAGUAAUGAUGGGAAGACUUUUCGCGUCGCCUACUUCCAGAGUUUCUCUCACACAGCUCCCGCUGGCCCUCUGUGCUCUUUCUUCCUUGGCUGGUAUCCAAAAGUAUUCACUAGCUCCCAUAAAUUCAAUGAACACGCUUGAGGAAUCGCCGAGAAGUUUCCUGCGGUCUCUACGGCCACCGUCGUCCCUCAACUCUCGCGAUUUCUUCUGGAGCCGGCCUUGAUCUUGACCAAACUUGCUUCCGAAUCAGUUCACCUGAUCUAUAGUUUGUUACCAAUAAUUGGUCCGUUCAGAACCUCGACAAACGAGCCAACGAGGCGGACAAACGCGAGGUCGAGUCGGCCAACAAAAGGAAGCAAGCCUUGGAGUCGCUUCGAAUCACGGCAAUCCGUUCUCUUUGUCGGUGGGACUUGCAAGAUCCUCUUCUUAUACAACUGAUGGUUCUUGAGAGCCCUCAAGUCUUCGGUCAGCGUCGAGCCGGCAUGUGUCCAGGCCUGUCUAGCCAGUCUUUCUUCUAAGCUUUUCGUCUGCUCCAAUGCCAGCAAUUUGUGAGUAUCUACGGUCCUCGAAAACGCAACUUCAGAGAUAUUUUCUGAAAUAAAACUAGAAAAGUUGAAAACCGUAUGCUUUCCACAGCAGGUAGAACUUUCCGAAAUAAGCAUGGAAAUGAAUUUUUAAUGUGCGACCUUUGUUAAAAUUGGCUUAGUUCUAUUGAAACCUCCAGGAAACUGUUGUAUACGUUUUCAUGGUCCAAAGGGGUGAAUAUAAAUUUUAAAUUAAGUAUUGAGGUAUAGAAAUAAAUGAUAGUAUACGGUAAAAGUUAUCAUUACAUAUUUUGGGAUUUUAAACUUACCCACUCAAUUUCACACCUCAUACAGAGCUUUUCAUAGUCUUUCUGAAAGAUCUCCGAUUUUCACACGAUUCUAGCUGUUUCCUUCAUCGAGUAGCUAUCCUAACUGCGUUUUUUUGCGUUUUUUUUUUUCGAUACAAAAGUCGAUUAAGAUUUCUAAAAGUUAAAGCUUUGUUAAAAACCUAUUUUAACAUCCAUUCUAAUUUUAGAUCGCAUAGCACGGACACCAGGUAAAUCGAAUAUAUUUUGACCUUUUCAAUGUCUCUCCAGCAUGAGGAAUGUGAUUGAUAUUUCUAAAGUUUCUGAACCCUCACUUUUUUUCAUUAUCUUGAGCUCCUUUUGUGGCGAAUCUGUGAUUGGCUCUAUCAGAACUGGUGAAAUGAUUGAUUUUGGAGCAAGUCUGAAUUUUGGCCAGGAAAUAAUUCAGAAAAAAAUAAUUUUCCAAAUUGAAUGUAUUCUAAUUUGAUUUUUUGAAAAAACUCGACGUUUUAUUUGAAACUUCUUCAAUUGUUUUUUUAAAGUCCAAAUUUCCAUAAACAAAAGUUUGGGCAUGUCUUAAGUCUAAAAAAUGCAUUGCAAAUUUUUCGAAUGACCCAUAGGAAAUUAUAUUGUACGUUUUUUUCAUCCAUUUACCAGUUUUAGGAUGGACAGAACCCUUAUUCGAAGAUAACAUGUGACCUCUCAAACUCUUCUCCUUAUUGUGAUACAUAGAUUUUCCCUUUGCGCACGGUUUCUCGAAUGUAAACACUUUUAAAAAGGAAAAGAUAUCAAAAGUUGUUUCAGCGUCGUUGCAUUGGUCUGCGAAAACGCGAUCAUGACGCUGGGCGGGAUCGGAGUCGCCCUCGUCGGGUCGAGCGAAGUCCCCGACAUGGUCCUUCAGAUUUACCUGCAGCGGUAAAGGAAGAUAACAUCAAAAGUAUGAAAACCUCAAUUCUUGUGAAGAUUCGCCAGUCCGCCUUCCUACUUGGACGUGGUCAUGGUCCGGUGUCUGGCUGACAUGUGGAUCGCUGGAGCGGUUUGUAUUUCUUCUGUUUUUCGUUUGUUUUUCGUUUGUUUUUCAUAGUUCUCGAGCUCGUAGUAUUGAAACCAAAGUGCUGCUUUCAGUGUGAUUUUCUUGCGAAGCUUUGAAUUAACUGGAGCUCGAAUCAGAGUUUUAAUUUUUUUUUUUAAAGUUACACUACCUUCUUUUUUUAAGACGUUCUAAAAAGAUAAAAAAGAGGCUACCAACCCUAAUAAUUCUUAUGAAAUUUAACUCAGCUCGCAUGGUCAUGAAGACUUAUGAAGCCCGGCUGAAAAGUUUUGAAAAAAAUAUUGUUUCAACGGAAUUAUGAUACGGAAAAGCUCUUCAGAGGUCGAUCCACGACGGCGUGAUGAAGCUCUUCACGCAGAUCUGCAUCGAAUCGAGCAACCGCGUUUAUUCCCAGGACACCACUGAUAAUCACGAACAACGCUAUACGUCAGUGAAAUGACAAAAGGAGGGAGGAAGUUAUUAACUGAGCUGAGAAAAAAGAAAUAGCCGUUUAGCUGUAAUACCACUUUUGGUGUGAGUUCAUUAAGUUGAAGGAACCUCUUACGAUUUUUUGGGUGUUUCUUCUAAAAAUCCAUUUUUUUAAAAACGCUGAGAAUAGGUUGAAAAGUGAUGAAGAAAUCAGGUGGAAGUCCACUUUUAAAUGGCUGUUGCAGUUGUGGGAUGUUAAACUGAAUGAAAAAGAAAAUGUGGUUUUUCAAGACACGUCUCGUUGGCUGUGGAUAUGGCGCUGAGCAAAAUGGCGGAGGGCGUUCAGGAAGACGAAGACAAACAGGCGCUUCUUGUUAGGUGCUGAUCAAGCUUCAUUUCAGAUUUUUGAAAGAGUUUUCAUUUUUGUUUUUGAGAAAAUACAAAUCAGAUUCAUCCUCACAGAGACUACACGAAAAAUAAAAUGAGACUUGUCAUCAAAAUUUUUUAUUCUGAACAUCCUGCUCAAUGGAAGUUUUAGAUGGCCGGUUUAAUUUUUGAAAACUCGGCCAAAGUGUACUUCAGCGUCCCCUGAUACCAGUACGUUGAAAUAAUUUAGAGAGAUGUUUUGCUAGAAAAUGUAUUUAUUACUGACAUGGAAUCAGGAGACUAAAGUAAACUCCAACCACGAUCGAUCAAAAUUUUAACCGACCGGCAAAAAAAAAAAUCACAUUUACUAGAAUUUUUCCCGCAAACAAGUUUGAAAAUUUUAACUUUCAAACUGCGCUUUAUGAACUGGUCUUUCAUGGAACUUAUUCUGCCUUUACCAGUUUCAGAAAUUUCCUCCAUUUUCUAAUUUCUUUCAGACUUCUCGAACUGUUCGUCCAGUUGGGAAUCGAAGGUCGUCGUGUUGGAGAAAAAGUAUCAAAAAGCACCGUCAAGGUUCCAUAUUUUCCCGUCAUUUUCGGCAUCGAAGUUCAACUCAAGUUUUUGAAUUUAGUUGGAGUUUUUUUCAAAUUUUCAAAACUUGAAAACUGAAACUUGACCAUUCGGGGAAAGGUGACGAAGCCGCUUUAGCCUCGACUUUUCAUUUUUAUAUUUGUUUUAGUUCUUUCAAUUCUGUGAUAGAAAUUUGCAAUUUAGCUGACUAUAGUCGCGUUGUCAACAUCGGUUAAUUCCGUCAAGGUGAAGGCAAAAUUUGAAUUCGAAAUUCAUUUUGAUCGCUUUUUGUCAUUGUUUGUAACAGUAGCUUUUGUCUCCGCCGAAGAAACUCCCAUUAUUUUGACAUUGUUUCGUGGUCGUUCCUAUUAUUGCCAAAUUUCGGGCAUCAUAUUCAAAUUCGUAUCUAAAUUAGUUUGUGCUAGCUUUUAUGAAUGCUGUCAUGCAAUUUCCAGCAUUUUUUCGGAUAGUUCAUCACAAAUCCCCAUUUUCUAGUUUUCGCAGUCUUCAUAUUUUAGUUUGUGGUUCAGAUGUCCACGAGUGCAGGAAACCUCGGCGUUCUGAUGCCGAAAAUAGCUUCGCUCCUCCGGAGAAUGCAGCCGAUCACUUAUCCCACGACACGACUAAAGAACCUUUUCAGGUAACUGAAACAUUGGAGGAAAACAGUUGAAAGGCUUUUUGAAGGGACUUUUGGUUCUACUGCACCGUCUUGGGCUUCGACGUCGAGUAUUCUGGUAUUCUGAAAAAUUCUGAAGAUUUUUGAAAUGAGUUUCUGAAGGUCUGUGGCCAGAAGAAUGGUUCAACGCCGUCUGCGAGACGGCGACGAAGACGCCGAUUCUCGUCGCCAACGAGAAUCUUCGCUCCGAAUUAAUCGACAACGCCGCCAUCCGGAGCGACUCCAUCUCUCCGGUCAGUCUGAGCGGUUCUGGUCUCAUUUCGAGGAGAAAAACUUCACGUGGAAUGUGUCGAAAGGGACCUUCCAAUGUAUUUCUUGAGAAUUAUAACAUUUUCAGUUUCAAACUUAAAAGGAAUGACAAUAAAAUUUUUAUCAUUGGUUUAACAAAAAAUCAUUUUCUUCUCAAUGUGUUUCUCAUCCAAAAAGCCCAAUGAACAACCUCCAAGCGGGAGAAAAUAAAGUUAUAUUAAGUCUGUUUCUUCAGACUUGUAUUUUUUAAACUAAACGUAUUCAGGUUCGAUUUAUUGGUGGUACUUGGAAUGUUUAUUUCGCUCAGACCGAUUUAUUUUUUUUUCCAUGGAUCCAAACGUAUAUUUAAAACUGGGCAAUAUAAUAAAUAAAUGAGCUUCAAAAAAAUGAUUUUGAUAGUUUGAAUUGUGUGUAGACGAUGUUGAAGCAUGAGUUUGUAGACUUUGGAAAGCCCAAAUCAAAGAAGUUUCAAAAUUCCUAAAUUUCCAGCAAGAGCUCCAAGAGUUCCGCAACACUGUCUGCGGGGAACUGAAGCAUCCCCCAGAAGUCGUCCCUCUUGUCAACCGAAUGGACUUUGCCCAGUGCACUUACCUUCUUUCCGUCAUUAGAAUGGAAACCAUGCGUGUUGUCAGUCUUUUUCCGUAUUUCAAUCUUCAAAUUAUAACUUCCAGGUCCAUGCUGACUAUCCGAUCGCUGUUCAUUGUAUUUUCAAAUAUCUGGAAGAAAAGUUGGCUGAGAUCCAAAGUUUUUGAACUGAGAAAAUCGUUUCAGAACGAUCCGGAAGGACAAAGCUGGCAUGUGGGCGUGUCUUCUCGCUGCCGCGCCUCUUAUCUUCGACGCCUACUUAGACUCUCAGAAGAAGGUUUCGGUUUGAGAAGUACGAAAAAGGUAAGAAACGGGCUCAGAAAACGGAUGACGAAGCGACGGAAAGCGCACUGGUCUAUCACGUACAGUUUUUGCUAUUCCAGUUCAACCACAAUCUUCGUGAAGUUUCGGACCGAAUGUUAUUGAGAACAAUGUCUUUGUUCAGGUCAGGAGAUGUGCAGAUAUCUGCCUUUCCCAUUUGGUCGACCGAUUCCCCUAUCUUUUGUGGAAUGGAACUGUGCUCACUACAGCCUUGAGACUUUUGCAGGUUCUUUUUUCCGUGAUGAAAAUAACUCACUUACAGGGUCAUAUUUUAUGACAGAUAGAGAGUUUUUCAGAAACUCUUGAAUUUUUCGAAGUUUCAUUAGAAAGAAUAUAUUUUAGGCGCUUCAACAAAACCUGACCCAAGAUCCGAUUUGCAAAGAACCUCAAUUCACGAUGCGAGGCUUCGAGUGGGCCAUCCAACUCCAGGUAGACAUUUCUGUAAGGGCUUCCAGAGUGAUAACUUUGAAGGACUCUAUCGAUGGCCGAAAAUCUCUUGUGAAUGACUUUUCGAUGCGAUGCAAGCAGAUUUUGCAAGAGGCCAUCAAAUGGGCGCCGGACAGCACUCAUAGUCAUCUUUUGGUUGGUUUUUCAAGAAUUUUCAGACUCAUUUUGACCAAUUGUUAAAUACUGGGGAAGAUAUCGUUAUUUCGUUUUUAAUCAUCGUUGAGAAGCAUGGAAGGCACUUUUCGUCAUAGAAAGAUUCUAAAAAGCUCAAGACAUCUAAAGGGGUUAUUUUUGAGCUUUUAUUAAAAAAUUCAGGAGUACGUCUCCAACUACGGCGGAACGAGCAACUUGUCCAUGCAACUGGCCUUGGACGCGGUGAACGAAGGUGGAAGAGAGCACGCGAGUAGCUCUUACCUGGCAGGACUUCACAAAAGGAGCUUGUACCUCGGACAAGUACCGUAGUCCCUCGAGGAUACCGUAGGAUAAUAUUUUUGUAGGUGAAAGGCAUGUUGGCGGCUCGUCUCAGCGACAAUGAACUAGAGGCUGAGAGAAUGCUUAUCGACCGGCUGGAAGCCAGCUUUUUGCGAGCUUGCAAGUAGGGUUUUCUUCAAAAACAAUUAUUCGAACAAAUCGUAAAAUGAUAUAUCAAAGUCAUACGAAAACUCAUUGUUUCAUCAAUUGAUUUUCCUUUUCAAGGUCCGGCUACGAUGAAGAAAUGGAACAAGCAGUUCUCCUUCUCACCGCCCUUUUCGUCUCUUUGAACCGUACUUUCUCUAGCUCCUCAGUGAUUUCAAGUUAUCUCUCAGACCUGAAUGACCGAAUUUUGACUCUUUUGGUGAGAACCCCUUUGUGCAAUUUCACAGAAUCUACCAUGGAACUGUGUGUCAUGAGCUGGAAUUGGCUUCUCUCCGCUCGGCCUGACGUUCAAAAUGUGGUAAGCUGACAAACAUAAACUGAGCACCAAGGAACGUUCAAAAAUGAAUUUGUUUCAUUUUCUACCAGUUUCGAUUGUUAAGAGAACUGUAUAAGAUGUCGCAAUUUUGGGCAGUUUGAGACUUCCAUAAUCUUUUUUUUGGUACAUCAAUGAGCUUCAUAGCCAGUUUGUCAAGAAAUUCCUAACCGCAAAGGAAAUCGACUUCUCUUGUGAAAUGUUCCAUCAUAAUAAAGAAGCAAAGCAUUUCAGUUCUUGCAAGAGUUGGCGCGAGCUUUCGCGGAUUCUUCUCGAAAGGCAAUGGGCGUCUUUGAAAGCGACAUCGACCAGCCGUCUCCGCUGUGUGAACAACUGGAAAGACCGCGAACGCCACCUAAUUUCAGACCUCAUCGCGGCUGGGUUGAAGUAAACACUUGACUUUUUUUCGAAGUUAGGUAGAAAACUAGAAGCGGUUGCUGCUAUGUAACUGAAAAGAUUUAUGUCAUGGUUAUGUCAGUCAGCAUAAUUUUCGAUCAGUUUUGGCACAUUUUUGUUUGUCGUUUUGUACCUUGCCUCAAACGCUUCUUAUUCUCUCCAAAUGUCAGUUCAUCGCCGAGAGAUGCGACGUGGCCAAAUAUUCCUCACGGGAGCAGCUCGAUGUUUUGGAGAUGAUGUUCGCUCAGUCGCUCUCUCUAUCUGUAGGAAAAUCGUCGACCACUUCGGCUACGGUCCCUGGAAGCAUACCUGAUAAUCAAGGUGGUUCAACGGCUUCUUGAAGGAAACUCAUAGGUUUCCAGCCCAAAUGACGAGAUCGAUCGAAGCCGUCGGAGUUCGGUUCCGCCUGCUCUCGUGUGUUCUCGGGCUUCUCCAAGGCGAAGCUUCCAUUUCGAGGCCUUCCAACGUUCUCAUUCGUCAGCGCGUCUAUGCCUCGGCUCUUCAUUACUUCACGUAAAUAUUAUUUUAUGUUAAAUUAAAGAAGCCUCAAGAGGAACUUUAGCUCAGGGCUCCACGUAGUAGUUUCAGAACUUUGUCAAUUAAGCCCGAAACUUGACAGCUGAAGUCUAGGCUUCUUUUUAGCUGAUCUAAUCAAAAUACCAUAAUGCAAAUUUAUUUUCCUCUUUCUUCCUUUCGAAGUCAUGAAUCAGAGUCGCUUCAGAAUUCCUCCACAAGGACCGACACAGUCAGAAGCUCAACUCCGAGAAGACGUCAAUCUUCUUAUAUCGUUCUGGCAGGUGUCUUUCACAUUCCUUUCAGAUUUAUCUCACUUCAUUGUUUCUCCAGGUCCUUUACGCCGAUGGAAAGUAUAUCCGAAAAGAGGUCUUUGCUUCUACUGGUAGGCCGGAAUGAAAUCACUCCUUCCAUUUCAUUUUUUAAGACAACGAGCUGAAGCUUUCUCAAACGUUGUCACAAGUUCAAGGAGCCUAUAACAGCGAAACAAUCAAUCCUAGGUUUUUCGCAGAUGAAAACCAAGUUCGAGCAAAUGAUUAUUCAGAAACGUGUCCCAAACCUGGAACAAUGCGCCAGGUGCAAAUCUUACGUUGCCCCCUUCAUCCAACUACGUCAAUACCUUGACUUUGUCGCAGAAGUCGGCCGCUGUUUCUACUCGAAGUGGUUCGAAGCGAGAUUAAUCAAUGAAAAUCACUUAAAAUAUUCUUUCAAAGAAGCACAGACGAAUUUCGAAGAAGUUUUGGCGAAUAAGCUUUUUCAGUUUCAAUAGGCUCUUCAAAAUGUCUGCGCCUUAAAAUUUUUUGAGGUUCUUCGAACAGCGAAAUAGAGAUAGAAUUCGGCGAAAAAAUACAUCUACUUCAAAUAUAAUGCUUCUGAAUCUUGAUUGAUUUUUAAAAAAGUUUAUCGAUUAUUUUUUGCGUCUACAGAUCCCGGAAGGUAUUUUUCAUUUUUACAAUAAGAUCAUUUUCUGAACUGAUUUGCUCAUGAUAACAGCACUUUUCUACGCUGGUAUGACGUAGGAUAGGAGUGUACGCAAGCCGGUGGAGGUCGGGUACACCAGUCUGCCAGUGGAGAGAGGCGGUGCGCGCGAAAUGUCGCAGUGAUUCUUACAAUCCAACUCUCAAGGCAAAGACGUGUGGACAAUUUUAUUAUGAGCGACGCUAAUUUAUCGAUUAAAGUACAGUUCCCAUAAAUCAAAUCAGUUUUGAUUCAAAUAAAGUUACAUUAUUCCUCUGAAGAAGUUUGAAAAAUCCUUGUUAAGGUGGAAAAACGGUAGACGGGAAAUUGUCGCAAGAUGGCGAAAAACAAGUUCGGAUCUUCAUGAAACGCCGAAAUUUGAUCCUUCUCCUAGUGGUUAGUCUUCAUUUUCUUCCACGCACACUGCGGCAGGGGGUAUUUGAGGGAAAUGAGGCGCCGACGCUUUCGGCCCAUUUAGUAUAGUGGUUAGUACUCCACGUUGUGGCCGUGGCGACGCAGGUUCGAUUCCUGCAAUGGGCAACUUUUUUUUUGCGAGCUUUUCGCAGCUAUUUUGUUCGACUUUUUGUGAAUUAUACUUGAAAAAUGAUUCUUUUCAUUCAUUUCGUUCAAGAUAUGAAUGCUUAAACUUCAGGCGAAUGAAAUUGAUCGACUUUGUGCAUGGUUGCAUCCGCUGUCGUUGUCACAGGAGGAAGGAGCACUUCCGGUGGAACAAUGGCUGAAAAGCACCUUGAUGGGUUCGUUUAUCGAGGAAAAAGUCUCAGUAGCCUGCACGGAGGCGAUUCCAGAACCGAAAAACGCAAAAUAACGGGAAGCAAGUUUCGAAAAAUAGUGUUAGAAGAAGAUUUUUCGACAAAAUUUUGGGUUGACGUACAAUUAAUUAUCCUUUUUUAAAAUACAAAAUUAUUUUUCCCUAACGAUUCGGCGUCUCAGUACUAGUUUAUAAACGCUCGUUAUUCUAUUUGAAAGAUGAAUAUCAAUAACAGGGAUUUUUCAAUUUUUGAGGUCAUUUUAUGUUUAAAGUUCACCUUCCCUUUCAGACGCUCGAACGGAAACGCGCGUUUUGAGAGACAGUGCCAAGCUCGCCUGGGAAAUAUCUCCCGAAUUGGCGGUUUAUCUACCGACACGGUUUCAUUCAAAUUUAUCGUCUAAUCUGAUUUUUCGGCUCCAGAUUCCGGACGUCUGAAGCGCUCCGGCUAGCCGUCCAACAAAUGAUAAGAAUGCAGCCGGAGGCAGUUUGCCAUUUGCCCGAUGCUCUGCCGCUGUUCCUCGGCGAAACCACCGUCUUUGAAAGUGCUGAUGUGGGUCUGGAAUGGGGUGUUCCGUUCUAAUGAAGAUAAUUAGAUCUCCCAUGUUCUGACGUGGGCUCGUUGUUCGCCUGUGAUGGCUUUAUCAUUGCUCACUCCGAGACAAUUCCCCCAGCAUCCGAUCACAGUUCAGUACGCUGUUCGAGUCCUAAGGUCUUUCAUUUGGUGUUUUCGUUGAGUGGAAAGACAAUUUUAGGUCAUAUCCAGCCGACGCCUUACUCAUGUACAUACCUCAGAUUGUUCAGGCGAUUCGGCACGACUCGGUUAGUUUUUCUUGUCCUUUUUUGAUAGUUUCUAUAACAAAGUUCGAAAAAAUAAAUGAUAGUAUAGCCGGGAUUAAAAAGUGUUACGGAAAAUAAACAACAACGGACACAUGUCUUGGAAGUAAUGGAAAAAGAGCCGCGACAGUCCAAAGAAAGUGCGCUCAGAGGAUGAUCUGAAGACUGAAAACGAACUUAAAUUUAGUUUAUACUUCUAGAUUUUUUAAGAUAAAUGAAGCGACACAGUUUUCUUCCAAGUCUUCAAAAGCUUUUAUAUAUUGAGUUUGAGAAAAACGUUUAAAGAUGGGCUACGUGGCUGAGCUGAUCGUUUGGCUGGCGGGACAUUCACAGCUUCUGGCCCAUCAACUCAUCUGGAACAUGCAGACGAACAUGUACAUGGACGAGGACUCGAAAAACAAAGACCCGGUCUUGUUUGACGCCCUCACGGAUAUCACCAAGAGGGUGUGGAUCAACUUGUAAAAAUAUCUCAGAAAACUAAAAUCUUAGAUAAUCAACCAGUUGGAAGGAGCUGCCAGAAGGUUCCACGAAGCCGAAUUUUCGCUUUUCCAUCAGCUCACCGCCAUUUCUGGUACCAUCAAACCGUAUCCGAAAGGAGAUGCGAGGAAAAAAGCCUGUUUGAAAGCUCUUGCCGAGGUUUUGGAUCUCGUAGAGAAAAUGCUAAACUCUCCAAUAUCUAAUAGGUCAAAAUCGAAACCAUCAGCUACUUACCAUCGAAUCCAGAGGCGAUUUUACUCGACUUGGAUUAUUCCAGCGGAACGCCCAUGCAGAGGUACCUUUACAUUAAAAAAAAAUUCUGUGAAAGCAACAUCUGAAGAAAACGAAAAAAAGUAGAAAAAAAAAGAAUUCAAAUCAGGGAAAUUUAUCUAUCUUUCCUUCUGUAUCGGAUGCUCUUAUUUUUGAAUAAAAAAAACGUUUUCAGUGCUGCGAAAGCUCCAUUUUUGGCGAGAUUCCGAGUGAAACGAUGCGGCGUUCAGGAACUGGAAAGUUUGGGACUUGAGGUUCAUCACAGAAAUGAUUAAGGAAGACAUAUUGGUUUGAGGCGCAAUCCAAUUCGAAAGGAGAAAAGCCGCCGAAGACGUGUGAUCUGAGCGAGUUGCGAAAAGUUCAGGACAGUCGAGUCUGCUGGCAAGCGGCCAUUUUCAAGGUGAUUUAUUCUAAAAUCAUUUCUGUCUCUCAAAAGGAAACAAAAUAAAUUAUUUGAAGAGAAGGAACUUUGAUAUUUAACAAUAAUCGGUUGAGAAUCAUUUUCCCAAAAUUACCGUGUCUAGAAAUAUAGUUUAACUGAAAUCAAAUAUAUUCGAAAACUAAAAUUUUUUAGGUGGGAGACGACGUUCGACAGGACAUGCUCGCAUUGCAACUGAUGCAGUUGAUGAAGAAUGUUUGGGCCGGCUUGGGACUUCCUGUUCGAGUUUUCCCUUACAGGUAGCUGAACUUCAUCUAAGAAUCCAGUCAGCAUGAUCUUCAGAGUCGUUGCGACAUCUCCAGGCUGUGGCGUCAUAGAAUGUGUGCCCAACUCGAAAAGUCGAGAUCAACUUGGACGACAAACUGAUUUUGGUUCGAACUAAUGUCCAUUUACCGAUUUCAACUCAUUUUUAGGUCUUUACGAAUACUUCAAAACUACCUAUGGCGACGAAAGCAGCGAGUCUUUCCAGGUAUUCCAACUCGACGAAAACUCUCAAUGAAGAAAUGUACUCCAGGAAGCUCGACGGAAGUUUGUCCGAAGCAUGGCCGCCUACUCGGUGUUCAGCUUCUUGCUUCAAAUCAAAGAUCGGCACAAUGGAAAUAUCAUGAUCGAUUUGGACGGCCAUAUAAUUCACAUCGGUCAGCUUCUAACUUUGAAUUUAAACCAUAAGCCUUUUUCAGACUUUGGUUUCAUGUUUGAGAGCAGUCCUGGUGGAAAUUUGGGCUUUGAACCGGAUUUCAAGGUUUUUUUUUCUUUAAAGGAAAAGCCGAAUUGAAAAAAUCUUCAGCUGAGCGAAGAAAUGGUAGCGAUAAUGGGCGGAAAAAUGGAGGCAGUGCCCUUCAGAGAAUUCGCCAGCCUCUGUGUUCACGCCUACCUCGCUGUACGACCUUACCACAGGGUUUGGCGAUUUUUGAAACUUCUUCAACAAAAACUAAAACUACAAUGUCAAUUCGUGAGAAGAAAUAAAUCCAAAUCGCCAACCCGGUAGAAAAUACGCAUUCACGUGAAGUUAUCUUUAAAAAAAUAUAGAAUAACGUAUUUUGGCUAGUUAACUGCCUAAUUUUAACCUCAUAUCUGAUUUUUUCUUUUCGACUCUUCUGAAAAACACGAAACUUUUCAAAUUGAGAACAAUCUUUACCAGUGACUGAAAUACAUUCGGAAAUCGUCAAUGGCCGAGAUUUUUUUCACCCUUUGCGGCUUUUCCCUUUUUUGAGGCUUUUUAUUCCACUAAGAAUGAAAGACUCAAUAAAGGCCGCAAAACGGGACCCUUGUAGAAGCCAUUUUGCAGUCACUCCUUUUUGAAUUCGUUUCCCGCACUUUCGACUUUGGCAGUUUCUCAAUGUUUCUUUUCUUUUCCAGGCAUUCGUUUCAUUGGUCUCACUGAUGUUAGACACGGGUCUACCAUGUUUCCGAGGAAAAACCAUUCAACAACUGAGAGCCAGAUUCGCACCUGAAAUGGGAGAACGCGACGCUGCGAAGUUAGUUCAAUUCGAUAUAUCGCACCUAAACCUGAUCUUCCAGGUACAUGCACUCGGUGAUCACCAACUGCUUCCUGAACAUCCGCAGCAAGAUGUACGACCAAUUGCAAUACAUUCAGAACGAGAUUCCCUACUAA